AUGGUUCCAGUCACACAGCCUGCAUUCUUGCCUGUAGUCCUUGCUGUGGUUCCAGUCACACAGUCUGCCUUCCUGCUUGUGGUCCCAGUCACACAGCCUGCAUUAUUGCCUGAAGUCCUUCCUUUGGUUCCAGCCUACCUUCCUGCUUGUGGUUCCAGUCACACAGCCUGCCUUCCUGCUUGUGGUCCUGCUUAUGGUCCCAGUCACACAGCCUGCCUUCCUGCUUGUGGUUCCAGUCACACAGCCUGCAUUCCUGCCUGUAGUCCUUCUUGUGGUUCCAGUCACAUAGCCUGCCUUCCUGCUUGUGGUUCUGCUUAUGGUUCCAGUCACAGAGCCUGCAUUCCUGCCUGUAGCCCUUCCUGUGGUUCCAGUCACAUAGCCUGCCUUCCUGCUACUGGUUCCAGUCACACAGCCUGCCUUCCUGCUUCUGGUUCCAGUCACACAGCCUGCCUUCUUGCUUCUGGUUCCAGUCACAUAGCCUGCGUUCCUGCUUCUGGUUCCAGUCACAUAGCCUGCGUUCCUGCUUCUGGUUCCAGUCACACAGCCUGCCUUCCUGCUUCUGGUUCCAGUCACACAGCCUGCCUUCUUGCUUCUGGUUCCAGUCACACAGCCUGCCUUCUUGCUUCUGGUUCCAGUCACACAGCCUGCGUUCCUGCUUCUGGUUCCAGUCACAUAGCCUGCCUUCCUGCUUCUGGUUCCAGUCACAUAGCCUGCGUUCCUGCUUCUGGUUCCAGUCACAUAGCCUGCGUUCCUGCUUCUGGUUCCAGUCACACAGCCUGCCUUCCUGCUUGUGGUCCUGCUUCUGGUUCCAGUCACAUAGCCUGCGUUCCUGCUUCUGGUUCCAGUCACAUAGCCUGCGUUCCUGCUUCUGGUUCCAGUCACACAGCCUGCCUUCCUGCUUGUGGUCCUGCUUAUGGUUCCAGACACACAACCUGCAUUCCUGCCUAUUUUGUGUAA